CGAGAGUGUCUGCAGCCUGACACUGUGUUGGCAAACAUGGCGAAGACUCGGAUGUAAUUCACUCUCCAAAUACCAUUGGUUGUGCUUCCAUUGCUUCCCCGCGUAAGAUGCAAUCAGUUGAUUCUCACAAUGGCAAGAACUUCUGGAGGAAAAACAGUAAAUCGGUACCAGGAAGCAUGCGGGCAGUGUAUGGCGCAAUGCAUCCCCCCAUCACUCGCUCGCCCAAAUCAAGCCCACGGAAAGAAAGUAGCCAGAAGAAAGUUGAGUCCAAUGAUAGCUUUCAAGACUACCAGGAAUCAGUUAACGAUGCCUGGGACUGUGGAGAUGAUGAGUUCUGUGUGAUAUCGGAUGUAAAAAUCUCAAAUAGAAUGGUGCAAUCAGCAGCAUUAAGUGUAAUAAACAGCCACAGGUCAGGACAGCUGGGAACCAACUCUGCAUUAGCAGAGCUUCACAACCAAAUGCCAGCUGCUGCCCUGGAACCAGUGGAAACUGACAUGCCAGAAGUGAUACCACACGCAACUGUCAACAACUCGCAUUCAUCCUCAGCUGUUUUGUCUUGUACAACAGCAGCCAUUGAGGGGGCGCUCCCUCUGUCCAGACUAGACCCUUCAGCAGCAACUCAUAGGACUCCUGCCAUCAAUACUUCGGGUAGCAAACGGGAUGCUGUGAGACAGGAGAAGUUCCUAGAACUUAUCUCCAACAACAAUACCAAUUUGCCAGAACUGCGGAAACUGUCCUGGUCAGGCAUUCCCCCUUCUGUCCGGGCUGUCACCUGGAGACUGCUUAAUGGUUAUCUUCCUGCCAAUGCAGAACGGCGAGAAGAUACUUUGAAACGAAAACGAGAAGAAUAUUGGAGUUUUGUUAACCAGUAUUAUGAGACUCGCCAUGAGGAUAUAUACCAAGAUACAUUUAGGCAGAUCCAUAUAGACAUUCCAAGAAUGUCCCCACUGGUACCACUCUUCCAGCAGACUAUUGUGCAGGAAAUGUUUGAGCGCAUUUUAUACAUCUGGGCAAUCAGACAUCCAGCGUCUGGUUAUGUGCAGGGCAUCAAUGACUUGGUCACUCCUUUCUUUAUUGUCUUCCUACAUGAAGUCGUCCCUAAGGAGGAGAGCUUGGACACCUACGAUGUUGAACAAGUGAGUGAAGAGGACCGGGCAGUUGUCGAAGCUGACAGCUUUUGGUGUAUGUCCAAACUCCUCGAUGGCAUCCAAGACAAUUACACCUUUGCCCAGCCUGGGAUACAGAACAAGGUGCAGCAGCUCAGGGAACUUAUGAAGAGAAUCGAUUUCAGUCUGCAUUGUCACUUAGAGAGACACGAGAUUGACUACCUUCAGUUCUCCUUCCGGUGGUUCAACAAUUUACUGAUGCGAGAGUUGCCCCUGGGAUGUACUGUGCGCCUUUGGGACACACUACAUGCCGAACCUGAUGGUUUCUCCCACUUUGUUUUGUACGUGUGUGCGGCCUUCCUCAAACACUUUUCCCAACACCUCAUGGCCCAGAGAGAUUUCCAGGGUCUGAUGCUGUUGUUGCAGAACCUGCCAACCUCAAACUGGUCCGACAGCGAGAUCAGUCUCCUAGUAGCUGAAGCUUUCCGUCUCAAAUAUGUGUUUGCUGAUGCGCCAAACCAUUUACAAGCCAACAAAAAGUGAUGCUAGAUGAUUAAGAAAAAGUGCAAAUCCAGCCACGACAUUACAGCAGCCAAUUUCUUUUGGGUGUGAAAAAAUUGUUGCAUAUCACCGACUGUAUGUGAAAUUGCAAUAGAACCUGAAAAGUUCAAUACUGUGGAGGCACUUAUCAAGCCAGUAGAGCUGUGGUAAUGAACAAUGGGGGAGGGGAGAGACUGAGACUAGAUAUUUAUUUAAAGUUGGAAUAAGAUACAACCGGUGAAGUGAAAGAAGAUGGUGACUAUGACAUUUGAAAGGGACUCUUCAAGCUGAGUAAAGCAACUAUGAUACAGUCCUAUAUUAAGGACAAUUUUAGAGUUUCAUUUAUUUUAUCUCUCUCUUUUUCUCUCUCUCUUUCUUCCUUUCUUUCUCCCCAUUAUCUCCCUUUCUUCAGCAAUUGUUCUUUUUAAAUAUAUUUGUUUAUGCAUUCUAUUUCGUAAUUUUAGUGAUAUCAUGAUACUGAUUAUGUUAGGCAGUAUCAACUGUUGCUUUAUGCUUUACCUGUUGGUAGGACAUUGGCAACAGAGCUGUAUAUUUCAACCAAUUCUUGGUUAGUAUAAUGAGUUAUAUACACAUUCUUCUGUUCAUGUAUGAAUUUAUAUCCUCUCCUAACACUGUUGUUGUGACUUACCAUUUAUAAAGAAACAAAUUUAUUAUUUUUACAUUAGAAGAAUAUAUACAUGCAUGAAUAAAUUAGUUGUGAAAAUUGCAACAUGCCCCAGAUACCUUGUAAAGAGUACAUGUAACCCUUUAUUUUUUACCCAUGCAGAAAACUAUCUGCCUGUGGUGGCCCACUCCUUUGUAGGUCUUAAGUAUACAUUCAGAAACUGUCCUACUUGUUUUUUUAAGGUUGUUUAAUUACUCUACCCUCCAAAUUCACUAUAUCUUUAUCUAUCCUUGUUAUUCCUUAAAUCUUUGUUGAUUGAAUAAGUUCCCCAUAAACUUGAUUGGAUUUACAGUAUACAAACAAAAAGCUUUAGAAUGGAUGUUCAUAUUCCUGAAAGAGCAGGAUCUGAGAAUAGGAAGUGAAAGCUAAAUGACAAAGAGUAAGAUUGUUUGUAGGAAGUUUAGCUUUUAUUUCUAUACUCUCCAUAUCAGGGGGAAAAUCUGUUAUGAAAAUGUCAAGUCACUUUCCUUGGCACUUGUUACUCAGGCAAACUUGCAUGAUGCUCAUUGUAUAUGAAAUGACUCUUAAGCAGAGAUCCGAAAUUACCAAUGCUUUUAUUUUAAACAUUUUUUCUUUUUUAAGAACUAGAUUUAGAAAAAUACAGGUAAUUCAUAUGGUUUAUAUUAUCACAUUGCAAAUGUAAUGCUGUGAGAUCAGGACAUAAGUGGUUACAGGACCUUUAGGUGAAGGAUAUAUACUAAGAAUGUUUAAGAUCACUUUAGUUUUUCUCUGUGAACCAAGUUAAAAUGAUGAAAAUUUACAAUUGUCUAAUUGAUAAUAGUUGAUGAAUAGAAUACACAGUUAUGCUUGACUACUGCCAUGAAUUUUACAAAAAUUAUUUUUGAAGCUUACAGUUUGUAAGAUUGUCUUAAUUCUUAUUUGACUUCAAAAAUGUGUGAUUCUGACAUGUUUUACAAAAUGCAACAAAAUGUUCAAACUAAUAAACUAUUUAUACCCACAACAAUGUAUUAAGAAGACAGCAAAGGAUAAUUAUAGUAUUUGUUCAUUUGAUCUUUUUUUUUUUCUCUUUGCCAUCAAUGGAAGAAAGACUGCUAAUUAAAGCAGCAUGUUAACUUUUUUGACCAGAGCUUUAGUUUUGUGGUAGGAUACUCGGAGCUCGAGGCAGUCCAGUGGAAAUGUUACAGUACAGAAUAUCAGUGCUAAAUGAUGGUGCUCUUUGUACACUCCCAAUGUUGAAAGGUUAAGUGGCGCACGGUCCUCUUGUAGACUUGUAAUAAAAAUCUUGGAUAGAAUUAACCAGUGAGAUUUAGACUGCUGAGACUUGCAGCUGUGUUGAAAGACGUAAGAACAAAUUGUGAUAGAUGUUGUUAAGGCGUGUUUCAACACAGCAUAGUCUUUGAUAAUGACAGAGUUAAAAUUCUCUAGAAGUGAGUGAUUGUGGAUAUAUAUGUAAUGUGUAUAUGUAUGCUAAUAACAACCUCUUUUGUUUUCCUUUUGUCUGUCGGUGAUAUGUAUUACAUCUAUUGUGUAUUCAUACAUAAAGAAUUUUAUAAAUAAA